UGGGACACCCCUCCAAAUCAUUGGAUUCAGGUGUUCCAAUCACCUCCAUGGCCACAGGUGUAUAAAAUCAAGCACCUAGGCAUGCAGACUGCUUCUACAAACAUUUGUGUAAGAAUGGGUCGCUCUCAGGAGCUCAGUGAAUUCAAGCGUGGUACCGUGAUAGGUUGUCGCCUGUGCAAUAAGUCCAUCCGUGACAUUUCUUUGUUACUAAAUAUUCCACAGACAGCUGUUAGUGGGAUUAUAACAAUGUGGAAGCAACUGGGAACAACAGCAACUCAGCAACGAAGUGGUAGGCCAAUAAAAUGACAGAGCGGGGUCAGCACAUGCUGAAGCGCACAGUGCGCAGAAGUCGCCAACUGUCUGCAGACUCAAUAG